GCCGAGUAGCCACUCCACAUCACAGCACAUCGUCCGAACACAGCGCACUGCAUCCGCUGCAAGCGCCACCGCACUCCCACUACGGUGCUGUGUGCUGCACUCACAUUACCAGUGCGAUACUACCCAUACUCAUCACUGCUGAAGCUAAGAGUUGGUCGAUAUAAAAGGUGGCGUGUGAAGAAGCUGGCAAGCGAGUAUGGAGGUUGCCAUUCAAGGCGCCUUCUCCAACAGAAACCAGCAGCCCAGCAAGCGAUCAUACAGCGCCAUGAACGCACACAACCGGUCCGGUUCACCGGACUCGCUUUUUAUUCCCUCAGAUGAUCACUACACGAACGAACAUGCUGCUCGCCGCCCACGACUCGCCUUACCGCCCAUGCGGACAACUCCACCUCCUGGCCUUGGUCUACGACGAUUUCCGGGUGACGGUUAUGACUUUAGACGACCGGUGAUGAGCACAGUGACAUCAGCGGCACCGGUCAUUGAUCUGACGGACGAGGACAUUGCAGUUGGUUCGGAAAUGGAAGAUGCGAGAGCUCCAGCGGCAGCAGCAGAAUCAUCACAUGCGUCGCGCCUGCCUAGAUUUGGUGGCAGGAACAUCUUCGCAGAAGUCUCCGACGAUAUCCACGUUCACAGGCGAGCAACACCCUCAGAGCCAGAGCGAGCCGCUCACCCGAGAUUGGCGCAGCUCAGAGCAGCAUCCAACAUCACGCGGUCACUAUCCCCCGUAAUAGUGGACGACGACGAGCUAGAGAUAAUCUCCGAGCGUACCCUGCCUGAUUCGCAGCGGACAAGUCGCCACCCCUCACCCGUAGUCUCAGCACCACCCAGGAGUCUCACGCCCUACCCAGCAGACAUGAGCGUGGAGCCCAUAGACCUCACGGCAGACGACGAUGUCGUACAUCUAAACACCAGACCGAGAGCAGGCGCCGGCUUGAACGCAGCUCGGCCCGGCGCAACUGCUGGAGUUGGUACGAGAAGCGAAGCCGCUGACGAGGGCGGCUUCCACAUUGGUCCGAUAUGGAACAUGCUUCGCACACAAGGCGUGGAUAUGAACGGCCGACUGCCCCGGUUUGCGCAGCGGUUCUUCGGCCGGGACGCUGAGCCUGAGCCGGCUUUGUUCGACGAACUGGACGUCGAGCACCUCAGGCAUCUGGAUCACCUUCGCAGGCACCAAUACCGUCCCGCCCAUGACCGGCUAGCCGUACACCAGCAUGGCCGUAACGCCGCGCCAGGAGUCAUGGCAAUCAACAUGGACUACGGCGCUGCCGCAUUCGACCUCGGCUACGGAGUACCUGCUCCAGAACGCCCUGCCUCACCGUACGUGGCACCGGAGAAACCGGAGAAAGGCUUCACGCGCAAUCCCGGCGAGGAGGACGUGGUUGUAUGUCCCAACUGCGGCGACGAGCUUGCGGUAAGCGAGGACGAGGUCAAGCAGCAGGUCUGGAUCGUGAAAACGUGUGGGCAUGCCUACUGCGGCGAUUGUGCGCAGAAAAGGCUGCGGAAAGUAAGCAAGAAGGGCAAGCAGAGGGCGACGGAGAAGGAGGAAAGCCUGCCUGCGCCGUGGUCGACGUGCGUGGUGAAAGAGUGCGGGGCGAAGGCGACGAAGUCUGCGGUCAUUCAGGUCUAUCUGGGCAGCUAACGGCUAUCGGUGUAAUUCGGAGACUUUGUCAUGAGAAGCACUGUGUUGAAUGCUUUUGUCUCGAACAAUGUCUACUGUAGAGCUAUAAUCUUGAUAAGCCACAGCUUGGUACGACGAUAGCAGUCACGCAGAGACGCGUGCCCCCAGUCAUAUCUUUCUGGAC